AUGUCAUGCCGGCCGAUAUUGCGCGACCUCAGGUGUCGAAACGACAUCGUCUGCCGCUCAUGUUUGGCUGGUCGUGCAAAGCAACCUCGACAGGCGUGGCGGCCGGCUUCAUACAGCACUCAAGCCUCUCAAACCGCGAGCAAAGCAAGGCUACGACCUCGAUCACGGCCCAAUGAGGACAUCACACGCCAGCCUACGAGAGAGGAGCUGGCUCGCUACCUAGAGGGCCUCAAAAACCUGCGGACCCCCGACAGGGCAAAGACCAAUGCGGAAGACUUUUCCGUCCGAUUCUUCGAGCAGGGCGACCAAAAUCGAAAAGAGCUGUCCAACGAACAAGCCUUUGAGGAGUCGCUAAGUGGCAUCAGUGCCUCCGAAUUGCGAGACGAUCUUCUCAACCUCAGGGCAAAAUUCGGGAAUCAAGACGACAGGGAUGCCUUUAGGGACGUACUAAAGGAGUUGGGCGAAGACUGGGGCAAGAUCAACUCUGCGGAAGAUGUCGAGAAGGUUAUAGCAAAGAUGGAAGACUACACACGAUCGAUCGAUGCCGAAAUAGAACAAGCAAGCACUGAUCUGCCGAGAGGAGUGCUAGAACAGCUUAUCGGGGACGUGCCGGAAUUGUCGCUGGAAGACGCCGAUUCUUCUGGCGAGACUCGAAACUCGAUACCGCAAGUCCGAAUAAAUCUCGAUGAGAUGAAGGCAAACAGAAGGCGAAAACUCAACACAUUCAACUCCGUUGUCACACGCUUCAUUCUCGCAGAGAAGGAAUCAGGGCUGAAGCAAAAGGCAGUGCAGUCCCUAUACAAAUCGUAUCAUGCGACGAGACCGGCGUUGGCCCAAAACUGGAACGAUGUUCCACCCGCUUUGUGGGAGGUCCUCUGGAGAGCAUUCUCGAGUGAAAAAGACAGCCCCAGCAGCAUAUCACGGAUAGCCCGGCUUGCUAGAGACAUGAGCGAUGCCAAGGUUACCCUUCGUCCUGCGCAACAGGUCCUGGCUAUCGAAGCCAUCUUUGUUGACGGAUGGGAGUCCAAGGCCGUUGAAAAUUGGAAACGAUGUAUCAGCACCCUGGGGGCCGAAGACUCAGAGACAUUCCAGGACUUUUGGGAACUAGGUGCCAGGAUGUACUGCCGUGUAGGCGAUCUGGCGCAAGCCGAACGAGCGAUAAAUAAGCUCCUUGGCCGUAACAUGAGUCCGCGUAUCUUGAUUCCUCUCAUCCGAACAUGCUGCGAACAGGGAACGGAGGAAGGUCGACAGAAGGCGUGGGCUACCUAUCGCCAAAUGAGGGAGCUCCUGGGGAAAGAAAUGACACUUACCGACUACGACCAGGUGAUUUCUUAUUUCCUGACUGCCCAUCAAGUUGAGAAUGCCCUGUACGCCUUCGUGGACAUGAUGAGCGACGGUCGGAUUGAUAUGACGAGGCAAAGACAUCUGCCUUCCGUCAUUGCUAACAAAUUCUUCCUGGGCAAGUGGCUGAAGCGACUUAUCGGCGCCGGAGACUUGGAUGGAGCUUUCAGCGUCGUCGAAUUUAUGAGAGGAAAGGGAGUCGAGGCUUCACCGAUACAGUUGAACGGCCUCAUUGGGGCAUGGCAACGGUCUGGGGGCGCUGACGAUCUUGAAAAAGCCGAUACACUUGGCUGGGGCAUGAUUGAGUCCAGGCUAAAGUUUGUCGCCGACAGAAAGUCCGGUAGUGGUGUCUCCAGCAGCUAUAACAUGCCAUUGCCAAAGGACACUCCGGCAGAUUUACCGCGGGCUACUAUCGAAACGUUCUCUCUCCUGGCCGACAACUAUCGCCAGCGAAAUCUUCAUGAACGCUUAGAGGGCUUGUGGGAUGCCUUCCGCACAGCGGAGAUAAGCCCCGACGCCUUUAUGAUGAAUCAACUCGUCGAAUCACUCAUCCAUGAGGGCCAGACUCAAGAUGCAUUAGCUUUGUAUCACUCUCUCAUAGAGAGCAACAAAGUAGUUCCUGACCCAUACACAUUCAGCGCCCUCUGGAAGACACUGGGGGCGAACCGAUAUCAUAUCCGGGAUCCUGAAACCCGAGCCAAGGAGAUCGAGGCCACACGAGCCAUGUUUAAAGAAACUGUCAAGCACAGAGAUGUAUUCCAACCCGAUGGGAUCGACGGGCAACUCGCUCGCAAAAUCCUCCACACUUUCCGCCGCCUCCAGGACAACGCCGGCUUCCUCGUCGCCAUCACCGCAUUCAAAGAGACGUUCAAGUUCCUCCCGCCCGAGACGCUCGUCAUGGAAAUGGUCCUCGGCACCACAAAGCUCACCUGGGACACGCCCUCCCAGCGCGGCAAGCUCAUGGUGGCCAAGCGGGAGAUUGACCGGGAGCUGCUCGCGUGGGCGGACUUUAACGCGGCGAACCUCGAGGGCGACGAGAAGCGCGGCGCGGCGCUGUAUGCGUACUUGCAGAAGAAGUUUUGGCCGGUGGAGGGCAGGGAGGAGGAGAAGAGGAGGAUCUUUGUGGAAGUGGCGAGGCAGAUGGGGGUGUAUGAGCUGUUGGGGCCGAAGAAGAGUGCUGGUGGGAGGUGA